AAUCGGGGAUAAAGAAAACAUAAAUGGCUAAUUACCAGACUGUUGUUGUAUGUUGAGUCCUAUUGUGACGUCGACAAUUAACAAUUAUCACAAUAAGUUGUAAAAAUAAAGGAUACCCAAAUGAAUGUAAACAGCGGAUCAAGUAGUGUUUUAGACACAGAAGUGGACGAACAGAAGAAAGAUGGCGUUAUACAGAAGAAGUUCAGCAUGCAGGCGUGUAAUGUUCUUGCGGAGCUUCGACGGGCUGGGGAUUUUUGUGAUGCUGUGAUUAAAGUUCAAAGUAAAUGUUUCCCGGUUCAUAGAAAUAUAUUAUCUGCAUGUAGCCCUUACUUCAGGGCUUUAUUUAAGAAUCAGGAAGGUAACAAUAAACGUAUUGAAGUAACCAUACCCGGGGUUUCACCCGGAAUAAUGAACGAACUGAUCGAGUAUGCCUAUACCAGGGAUAUUAAAAUAAACCCUGAGAAUGUCGAAGAACUGCUACCUGCGGCUGAACAGUUCCAUGUCACAGGUUUGGUAAAAGCGUGUUGUGGUUUUCUCAUUGAUCAGUUAGCUCCAGAGAACUGUAUCGGGAUUCGAGCAUUUGCAAAGGCUUACUUUUGUCACACCUUAGAAAGAACAGCCCUGAAAUACAUUUUACAGAAUUUCAGCUCUCUUCUUCAAAGCAGCAAUGAAUUUUUACAACUCAACGUUGACGAAAUUGCGGAAAUUUUGAAUUCUGAUAAUUUGAACGUUAAAAAUGAAGAACUUGUUUUUGAUGCUGUACUUCGUUGGAUAGAUUAUGAUCCAGAAAGAAGACGCUGCCAUAUCGCAAAACUUUUAAAAAGUAUUCGAUUAGGUCUCUUAAGGACACAGUAUUUCGUUGAAAAAGUGAAAGCACACCCUUAUGUGAAAGAGAGUGCAGCUUGUAAACCGAUCAUUAUAGAAACAUUGAAAUUUCUGUACGAUUUGGACAUGGAUCUUGAGAGAGAAGUGGAUUUAAAUCAUCCCUUGGCUAAGCCACGAGUACCUCACGAGGUUCUGUUUGUUAUUGGAGGAUGGAGUGGCGGAUCCCCGACUACGAUGGUAGAAACGUAUGAUACUCGGGCAGAUAGAUGGAUUGUAUGUAAAGCUGUAGAUAAAGUGGCGAGGGCGUAUCACGGUACUGUUGCGUAUGAUAUGCGUAUUUACGUCAUCGGUGGUUUUGAUGGGGUAGACUAUUUCAACAGUGUGAGAUGUUUCAACCCUGCAACUCAAAUAUGGUCCGAAGUUUCACCAAUGAAUUGCAAAAGAUGUUAUGUCAGUGUGGCUGUUUUAGAACCGUAUAUUUACGCUAUGGGCGGAUACAAUGGCCACGAUCGACAAUAUUCAGCUGAAAGAUAUUCCAAGCAAAGAAACCAAUGGAGUUUAAUACAAUCGAUGAAUGUACCAAGGAGCGAUGCUAGUGCUACUGAUUUAGAGGGGAAGAUUUAUAUCUGUGGUGGAUUCAAUGGUCAAGAAUGUGUAAAUACCGCUGAAUAUUACGAUCCAGAAUCUAACCAGUGGACAUUGCUACGGCCAAUGAGAAACAAACGUAGUGGAGUUGGUGUUAUAGCAUAUCGUGGACAUCUGUACGCUCUUGGUGGUUUCAAUGGUGUAUCCCGUAUGAAUACUGGAGAACGAUUCAGCUUAACCACCAACUCAUGGCAGACCAUCCCAGAAAUGUAUUGUCCAAGAAGCAAUUUCGCUAUUGAGAUCAUCGACGAAAUGAUAUUCGCUAUCGGAGGUUUUAAUGGUGUGACUACUAUAUUUAAUGUAGAAUGUUAUGAUUCGGUGGCCGAUGAAUGGUACGACGCUACAGAUAUGAAUGUAUAUCGCAGUGGUCUCAGUGCCUGUGUUAUACGAGGAUUGUCAAAUGUUCAAGAUUUCAUACAGCAAGGUCGGGAAUAGAGACAAAACACCAACAGUAUACUAAUCCUGGGAGAUGUAUUUUUUUAGAAUUCAUUAACAUAAAAAAAAACCAAAACAGUUCCUAUGUAUAGCCAGAGGAUGGCCCCCAAUUAAUAUGGUCGGAUAGAUACUUCUAUUAUAAAUGAUGUUAUAUAUUUAUACAAUUUUGAAAGCAGCUUCCUUCAAUCUCAUCUUCAUUUUCAACACAUGAAUUUAUAAUUAUUUAAGAAAAAAAA